AUGUCUUCCUCAACACCCGAGCUCCCUGCCAACGUGCACGUCUCCCAGCACCCCUGUCUCCGGGCGAAGCUGUCCCAAUUGCGGUCCCAGUCGACGCCGGCGAAAGAGGUGAAGACGCUGGUGCAUGAUAUUGCGUUGAUGGUAGCAUACGAGGCCCUCGGCGCCUCCACAAAAGCGACAGAUGGAUCAAAGGAUUCUACCCCGCUAGGAUUCGACUUCACAUCAACCACAAUCUCCCCCUCCAGCCUCUGCCUCGUCCCCAUUCUGCGAUCAGGCCUCGGCAUGGUAGAAGGCAACUACCCCUCCAACACCAGACAUCUAUUGUUCAACCUGAAGCUCAGAACUAACACAUCAACAACAGCCGUCCAAACCAUCCUCCCCACGCCCGUAGCAGUCCAUCACCUAGGCCUCUACCGCGAACCCUCGACCCUCGAGCCCGUAGAAUACUACAACAAUCUCCCCAACCACGUUUCCCCCGACGGCUCCAACGCCGGCGCCUCCGAGCUCGCCAUCGUCCUUGACCCUGUCAUCGCCACCGGCGGCACCUGCGCCGCCGCCAUCCAGACCCUCCGUGAGUGGGGCGUCAAGCGCAUCGUGGUCCUCUCCGUCAUUGGCGCCGCCGAGGGCGUCAAGCGCGCCGCGAGCGAGUGGGCCGACGCGACGGACAUUUACAUUGCUGGCGUGGACGCCGAGUUGACGGACAAGGGCAUGCUAAAGCCCGGUGUAGGUGAUGUUGGUGAUCGGUUGUUCCUUACUAUUGGAAAAUAA